AUGUUGUUGCUCCGAUCUCCCUCGGUGUCCGACGAUGCGCGUGGCAGCGUGUGUCCCAUCUCCUCCGACGGCGUGCGUUUCCUCAACCCGUGCGUUCGUUCAACGACUUCGGCCUGCAGGACCCGGCAUCGGGCCCCAUGGGGCCACCAAGGGCUUGUGGCAAUGGCCAUCCGCUUGGUGCACCUCUUCGAGGCGGGUCUCCUCAUGAUGAACGCGUUCGCCAUCCUGAAUGAGAAGCGCUUUCUGCGGCGGUUCGGCCUGGACCAGGCGGUGGCGGGGGACAACUUGGGCCCGAAGAAUCAGGUGGCGACGUUCCUGCACGCCAUGCGAACCUUCAUGAGGUAUCCUUUGGUUGCGAUGAACCUGCUGAUAGUCUUCUACGAGCUGCUGCUGGGAUAA